GAGCUAUACGUGCUCUCGUUUUGGUAUUAGUCAUGACUUAACAUCUAAAGAAAUAGCAUAUUUGCCAAAACUGAGGUUCCUUGGAGGGCAACGACUGAAUUUUCAAGGCGACUUCAAAAACGUUCGUCCUAAUCUGAGAUGGCUUUCUUGGCAUGAUUGCCCGCAGGAUUUUUCAGCUACGAAUCUUUACCUGGAUAAUUUGGUUGUGCUCGACCUUUCGAGGAGUGACAUCACUGACGACUGGGGUGGAUGGAGGCAAAUCAAGAUGGUUAAAAAGUUGAAAAUUCUAAAUUUGGCGUGUUGCUAUUGUUUAACCAAAACACCCGAUUUUUCAGAGUUUGGCAAUUUGGAGAAAUUGAUUCUAGAAGGGUGUGAGAAUUUGUCUACCAUUGAUAGCUCAAUAGGUAAGCUAAAACUACUAAGUACUUUGAAUAUUGAAGGAUGUACAUCCCUUGGAGAAUUGCCCGAAGAAAUUGGCUCUCUAGAAUGCUUAUCAAAAAUUAUUAUGCCGUGCACCGGCAGCCUGUUUAGGCUUCCAGAGACACUAGGCAAUCUAAAAUAUUUGACGAAGUUUAAAGUUACAAAUCAUCCUUAUAUUAGCCAAAUUCCUCACUCUAUUGGAAGGUUGAAUCUCAAGCAUUUGGUUUUGUUUAAUUGCGAUAAUCUUCAUGAGCUUCCGGAUUCUAUUGGGGAAAUAGAAUCAUUGGUCAAAUUGAUUUAAGAAGCAUGGAGAUUUUUGUUCUCCCUAAUUCCAUUGGAAGGUUAAAGAAUCUCAAGUAUUUACUUUUAUCUGAGUGUAAGAAUAUGUUGGAGCUUCCAAAAUCUAUUGGGAAGUUAGAAUCAUUGGUGAAAUUGGAUUUAGAAUCCUUGGGCAUCUCCGUUCUCCCUUAUUCCGUUGGAAAGUUAAAGGAUCUCAACUAUUUGCUUUUAUCUCAUUGCAAGAAUAUGGUCCAGCUUCCAGAAUCUAUCGGGGAGCUAGAAUCAUUGGUGAAAUUGGAUUUAGAAUUGUCAGGGAUCUCCGUUCUCCCUUAUUCCAUUGGAAAUUUAAAGAAUCUCGAUCAUUUGCUUUUAUAUAAUUGCAUGAAUAUGCUGCAGCUUCCGGAAUCUAUCGGGGAGCUAGAAUCAUUGGUGGAGUUGGAUUUAAGUUUGUUGGAGAUCACUGUUCUCCCUAAUUCCAUUGGAGGGUUAAAAAAUCUCAACUAUUUGCUUUUAGCAAGAUGCAAGAAUCUACAUAAGCUUCCAGACUCUAUCGGGAAACUACAAGCAUUGGUCAAGUUGGAUUUACAUCUCUCGGGGAUCUUUGUUCUUCCUCAUUCCAUUGGAAGCUUAACUAGUCUCAAGUAUUUGUCUUUAUCUGAAUGCAAAAAUCUGCAAGACCUUCCGGACUCUAUUGGGGAACUAGAAUCAUUGGUCACGUUGGGCUUAAAACUCUUGGGUAUCUCUGUUCUUCCCAAUUCCAUUAGAAGGCUAAAGAAUCUCCAGUAUUUGCUUUUAUCUGAAUGCAAGAAUUUACAUGAGGUUCCGGACUCUAUUGGGGAACUGAAAUCAUUGUUUGAGUUGGAUUUAAAUCUCUUGGGGAUAUCCGCUCUCCCUGAUUCCAUUGGAAGAUUAAAGAAUCUCAAGCAUUUGCGUUUACGUGAAUGCAAAAAUUUACAUGAGCUUCCGGACUCUAUUGGGGAACUAAAAUCAUUGGUUGAGUUGGACUUAGAACUCUCAGGGAUCGCCAUUCUCCCUAAUUCCAUUGGAAGGUUAACGAAUUUCACGCAUUUGUCUUUUUCUGGAUGUGAGAAUCUACUUGAGCUUCCGGACUCUAUAGGGAACUGCAAUCAUUAUUCGAGUUGGAUUUAAAUCUCUCGGGGAUAUCCACUCUCCCUGAUUCCAUUGGAAGAUUAGAGAAUCUCAAGCAUUUGCGUUUACGUGAAUGCAAAAAUUUACAUGAGCUUCCGGACUCUAUUGGGAAACUAAAAUCAUUGGUCAAGUUGGACUUAGAACUCUCAGGGAUCGCCAUUCUCCCUAAUUCCAUUGGAAGGUUAACGAAUUUCACGCAUUUAUCUUUUUCUGGAUGUGAGAAUCUACUUGAGCUUCCGGACUCUAUUGGAGAACUGCAAUCAUUGUUUGAGUUGGAUUUAAAUCUCUCGGGGAUAUCUACUCUCCCUGAUUCCAUUGGAAGAUUAGAGAAUCUCAAGCAUUUGUUUUUACGUGAAUGCAAAAAUUUACAUGAGCUUCCGGACUCUAUUGGGGAACUAAAAUCAUUGGUCAAGUUGGACUUAGAACACUCAGGGAUCGCCAUUCUUCCUAAUUCCAUUGGAAUGUUAACAAAUUUCACGCAUUUGUCUUUUUCUGGAUGUGAGAAUCUACUUAAGCUUUCGGACUCUAUCGGGG